GUUGUUGGCAGCACACAGCCCAGUUUGGACUUGUUUCGGUGGCGAUAAACCACGGAUGAAGCUCUUAGCGCUUUGGGUAGUCGGCUUUAAGUUUGAGCAAAGGUGUCAGCUGUAUUUUCAGCCAUGUUCUUGGAAGAGUGAUCAAGUUGUACCGAGACUGGAUCAGACUGGAGGAGCAGCUAACUACAGACUGAACUGUCAACAUUUCACCUGAAGAAUGUUCAUCAACAAGAAAAAGCCAUGCAGUGUUUACUGAGCACCUCGAUUGGAUUUAUGAAAUAAUCUGGUACUGUGGAGGACAUGGUCUAAAUCCUGCAUCUGUUGUCAUUGAGCGUUCCAGUUCUAUCCGCAUAAUGCAUGUUUGUUCAUCGCCAGUACAUUCUGAAGGCAUCGACCCCUGUUGAAUCCAGUUCUUGGACUAUAUCAGCCCCAAAUUAAACACUUUGGAGAAGAGAGCGAGUCCACAAAGCCGAGAGUUUAUGUUCCAUCUCCCUUCUCUUUUUCUUUCCUUAAAUGUAUUAUUGCAAGAUCAUCUACAGGUGAAAUGGAAAGGACUGAAAGUUUGCAGAAGCUAACACUUUUUCCUUUCGGUAAUAAGUCAACAGCAUUUCAUUUUGGUCCAAUAAAAGUUUUUAUAUAAAACAUUGAUAAAACCCAAUUUGUAAUCAUGGAGAUAUUUAGAGAAAAAGCAACCUGACUUAAUUUAUUUUUCAUCACUUCCAUUUUUUUUGUAAUUUAUUUAUUUAUGUACUAAAAAUCUAACUCCUUUUCUAUAUUCUGCUAAACAUUGUGAUGUAGUUCUUUAACCCAAGAGAAGACUGAUACAAAGUUUUGAAAUUACUAAAAGAAUCUGAUUUCGGAGAACGAGCCGAACACAGGCACGAGACAGCCGGCACCCUGUUCGCCAUGGCAGCAGACCACGGCGAACUGCUGGCAGAGAUGGCCACGGUCGGGCGUCUGAGUGCCACGGAGCGCCUGAAGCACGCCCAGAAACGCCGCGCCCAGCAGCUGAAGGCGUGGACGCAGAUGGAAAAGGACGCGUCCCGAGGAUCCAGGGCCAAGGCGGACAAGAAGAAGAAACGCACUACGAAAGUGAAGUUCCCCGACUCUGUCACGCUGCUGGAAGCAGCGGCCCGUAAUGACGUUGAGGAGGUGAGAGAGCUGCUCAACAGCGGGGUCAGCCCAGAUCUGGUCAAUGAGGACGGACUGACAGCCCUACAUCAGUGCUGCAUCGACGACUUUGUGGAGAUAGUUCAGUGCCUGCUAGAUGCUGGUGCCUCUGUGAACGCCUGCGACAGUGAGCUGUGGACGCCGCUGCACGCCGCUGCCACCUGUGGACACACUGGACUAGUGCAGCUUCUCAUUCAGGCUGGAGCCAACCUGCUGGCCGUCAAUGCAGAUGGCAACAUGGCCUAUGACCUCUGUGAGGACGAGGCUACGCUGGAGCUGCUAGAGAUGGUUAUGGCUGAGCAGGGGAUAACUCAGAAGCGGAUAGACGAAUGCAGAGGAGCGAAAGAGCUGACCAUGCUUGCUGACGUCGAGGCUUUGAUUAACACCGGAGCAGAUUUAAAUGCACAAGACAACAAUGGAGCGACGCUGCUCCACAUAGCAUCUGCCAAUGGCUACAUGUCUGUAGUAGAGCUGCUCGUCGACCAGAGGGCUCAGCUGGAACUGAAAGACUCUGAUGGAUGGACGCCGCUUCACGCAGCCGCCUGCUGGGGACAGAUCCAAGUGGUGGAGCUGCUGGUGGCUCACGGAGCCAAUCUGAACUCCAAGUCUGUUUUAGAUGAGACGCCGCUCGAUGUUUGUAUCGAUGAGGAGGUCAGAGCCAAACUGACGGAUUUGAAGAACAAACAUGAUGCCAUCAUGAAAAGUCAGGACAAGCAGAAGGGCACGCUGCAAAGACGAGUGUCCAGCACUGGAAGCAGGGGGAAGGUUGUGCGUCGGGUCAGUGUGAAUGAACGGUCCAGUCUGUACCGCCGGGAGCACCACAGGGAGGCCAUCGUGUGGCAGGAGCCGGCGACCACACCUGAAUCACAGGACGAGGACGAGGACAGACAGACUGACAUUGAGCUGCUUCAGCAUGCUCACAUGGUUGCUACCGGAGCAGCAACGAUACGUUUGGAGGAACUGGAGGUUGCCAACAGAAAGAUUGCGUCGGCUAGCGUGGCGAACGGGGAGACGUCCGUGUCUCUGGCUUCCUCUGUGCCUGGUGAGCUGUGGAGCGGCGGGGGCCGCAUGGAUCGCAGCGGCACCUACGAGCUCAGUCCUGCGUCUGGGCAGGCGGAGGGCGAGGGCGCGGACAGCAUGACCCGGGAGAAAUCGCACCACACCCUGGCCGACCUGAAGCGCCAGCGAGCGGCUGCCAAGCUCAAUAAGUAUCCUGCACCUCCUCCCCCGCUGCCCUCCACCGCUGAGGUGGAGGAGCCUGCUGUCGCCACCACGACGCCUCAGGCUCAACCAGAAAUCCAAACGAUCCCGACUCCAGAGCAGUCGUCGUUUCCCAGUCAGGUGUUCUUCACCCCGGCCAGCGGAGAUCCUCCCUUGCUGAAACUGCGGGCCCCUGAGGAGGAGCAGACCAACAACAAGGAGCCGUGCUGUGGCCUCAUGUAGACGCUCUCUGCUGCCUGCAGGGGGCAGAAGCACUCCAAAGUGACAAAACACCUUUAAAAACAAGACUUGAUUUAAAUGCAUCACUGAAGACCGUCAGUUUAGGCCUCAUGCAAUCUGAUCUCACAACUGAACGUGUAAUGACUAUGUUGGUUUAGAAAUUCUUUACGUAGAUUAUCUAAAAAUAAUAAACCACAGAGAUAAAGCUUCUGACUCACUACGGAAUUAAAGUGCCUUGUAAAAUCAUUUACUACAUUUUUUCACCUUUUAUCAAACCACAAACUUGACUGUAUUUUAUGGAGAUUUCAUCUGAUGUCCACUACCUUGUGUUGGCCUAACUAUGUAGUGGAUGGAAAAGGAUAAAUGGUUGCCAAUGUUUCAUUUUUUUCUUUAUUAUAUACAACUGCAGACCUGACCAUUGACUCGUAUUUUUACACUUUGUAGAACCAGCUUUUGCUGUUGUUGCAGCUUUUAUCUCUUCCAGCUUUGCUCAUCUAGAGAUUUGUCUCUUUCACAUUUUUCAUUACAAAUUAGCUCAAGUUCAGUUAUUCUGACACAUGAAGAUGCUUUUUCGGAGUCACUGGUUUGUUGCUCUGGCUGUGUGUUCAGAAGUUGAAUUUCGACCUCAGACUUGGGUUUCAUGGCAUUGAUAUUUAUUUUUUCCCCCCUACAUCUUUCUGUGUUUAGGCCUGUUCAUCUCCCCAUCAAUCUGACCAGCUUUUCUAUCCUGGCUGACAAAAGCUAUUCCCAAAGCAUUAUGCUGCCACCACUAUGUGUCAUGUUAUUUUUUUCUAAAUACAUAGAACAAAAGGUUGAAUUUUGGUCCUUCUUUCAAUGACAGUUGCUUCUUACAAGUCUUUUAUAAAGAAAAAGAUUAGUUGAGAGCACCACCUAAAGCUACUUUGUCAACAGAUUUUGCACAAAAUCACACCACAUUUUAUUUGUACACACAUUAAAAACAUUCAUUGUUUUCAUUCCGUUUUUGUUGUAAAUCACAUAAAAUCCUAUCAAAAUGCAUUUGUUUGUGGUUUUAAUGUGACAAAAUGUGAACAGGUUUAAGUACAUGGCUUUAAUAAAUGGUGACGUCUCACCAGGCAAUGCAGGGCUACAGCAUGGCCUCGUGACACAUUUCCUUUUCAGAUUUUCAUUCUAAAACAUUCAAAACACAGAGGAACCUUCUCAUUGCACGUUUUCUGGUGAGACUGGGCUGCCCCGUGCCAAUAAUGGUUUGAUGUCCAGUUUGUUUAUUUCAUCCAUGUUUCUUCUUCUCCAGUCACCUACACACUCCAGCUUUGCCCCCCUGUUGGAGGCAUUCGUUUCUGUUGAAUGUAAAGUUUUGACUUGAACUCAGGAGAACUCCAGGAUCCAGUUUGCCUAGAAAUGUGAGUCGGCGUAAACAUGAAGUUGUCUACUUCAUCAACUAAUUUCUCUUGAUAUGGAAAGAGGUUUUUCUUUAAUGUAUCUUCUUGCAUUAAAGAGUUUUUUUUUUUUAUGUUUGGAUUUCUGAAUGAUUUACAGCUUUGUAUUUUGAAUUUAGAAAAAUGUUUGCUCUUUACUGCUCAAACAAUUUACACUUCAAUAUUGUAAUGGUGCAAUUUGUACAUUUAUUUUCCUUUGAUAUGAAAUUGUUUCUUUUUAAAUCAAUUUACAUUUGUGAAAACCUGAUCUCCGUUCUUCUGUCAGUAUUUGUUUUUCUACUCUGAAUUUAAUCACACAAUUUAUUUGUCUUACUUUGGAGGGGCUGGAAAAAAAACAUCUUUAAAAGAUGAUGACAUGAAGAAAAAACUGAAAGAAAAAUAUUUUUGCAUUCACAUACUGAUCAAAGAGUUAUUUAAUUGUCAGAUUGAUAAUCAGAGUUUUGUGCCUUCAUUUUGUGGCUGGUUUAACAUUGGUUUGCAACUGGUGCACGAUGACUCACAGAUGACGUCGGUGAGCUUUGAGAUUAGUUAUGAUGGACUUGAUGAACUUUUUAAUGUACUGUGUUUACCACUGCUUUAUUUUUAUUGAUUCCUGUUGGGGUGGGCGGGGGGAGACUUGAAUACAUUGUUUUCACAAAUUAAUUUUUGUAUUUCAAUAUUGCAAACCCACUUUGCACAUCUGGAUAGCGUUCCUACAGCUUACCAAGAUUAUAUAUACUUCAUCCCAGGGACUAAAUGCAAUGGACAAAAAAUCCUUCUUUUUCUCACAAAUGGUAUGAUAAUCAUCAUACCAUUUGUGUCUUCUCUAAAUACACAAGAUUGUUGUAAUUUUGUUCCGUUCUUCUGACACCCUUGCGUAACCCAAGUUUCUCUGAUCAUUAACUUUCUGUGCCCAAUAUUGUGUUAGCCACUUGAAAUCAUUGACCUUGUCAUCCCUAACCCGUUUUGUAUCUCAUUUGAUGGUUUCCUUAUAAUUAAUGGCCAUUUGGAAUAAUAAUCUGUUUAAUGGAAGUCGCCACAAUGUAACUAUUAACCCUUUUAACACCUUUAAAAAAAAAUUAAAAAAAAAACAGGAUUGCACUGAGAAGUAGUUUGUAUUACCAACUCAGCAAAUGUGCUGAUCCAUCAGGUGUUUACUAAUUGAUGCUGGCUAGUCUGAUGGAGACUCCUGCGAACAGAAAAAGUAUAAGUCGCACAAAAACAUUCUGUGUCUCGAUGAAGUGUAUUUAAACUCCUGGUUUCUGCUGCAGUUAAGCUUCUCAUGAGCCGCCCUCAACCCCUCCUCCUCUUUUCAUUUUACUCUUUCAUCACACUUAGUGAGUGCAGCUCAGAUGUCAAACCGUUUUGAAGUGCCUGCCAGUGUGGCCAUAGAUAGACAUGAAGAAAAUAGGACUUUGAAAGAAGUAAAUGUACACAAAACAGCUUUUAUUUUAGCUUCAACUUGAAAUAUUUUGCACCAGAAUCUUAAAAACUCAGACCUUAGAACUCCACCAUGGCUUACAGCUGUCCUGCAUGGUUUCUCUGUCAUAAUCGAAACCAGUUUAUGCUCAAUUUUGUCUUAUGAGCUCCUUAGCGCUGCUCAGUUUUUACUUUUCUCAAAGCUGACCUUGAC